CCUCCGCCUCUCGGGCUGCAGCUCCCGGCGUGCCCCGCACUCGCCGCUGCCCGCCCGCCCCUCCCUCUCCUACCAGUGCCACAGAGCCGGAGUCCGAGCCGCCGCCGCAGCCACAGCCGCGGGCACUAUGGCUUCUGGAGUUACAGUGAAUGAUGAAGUCAUCAAAGUUUUUAAUGAUAUGAAAGUAAGGAAAUCUUCUACACAAGAGGAGAUCAAAAAAAGAAAGAAAGCCGUUCUCUUCUGUUUAAGCGAUGACAAAAGACAAAUAAUUGUAGAAGAAGCAAAGCAGAUCUUGGUGGGUGACAUUGGUGAUACUGUAGAGGACCCCUACACAUCUUUUGUGAAGUUGCUACCUCUGAAUGAUUGCCGAUAUGCUUUGUACGAUGCCACAUACGAAACAAAAGAGUCUAAGAAAGAAGACCUAGUAUUUAUAUUCUGGGCUCCUGAAAGUGCACCUUUAAAAAGCAAGAUGAUUUAUGCUAGCUCUAAAGAUGCCAUUAAAAAGAAAUUUACAGGUAUUAAACAUGAGUGGCAAGUAAAUGGCUUGGAUGAUAUAAAGGACCGUUCAACACUUGGAGAGAAAUUGGGAGGCAAUGUAGUAGUUUCACUUGAAGGAAAACCCUUAUAAAAUGACAGUCAAGUGCCAUCUGGAUCUUAAGGAGCUUCCAUUUCUCCAGCUCAAUCAAUUGAAAUAGUAUUAGGUGUUUUGUUUUGUUUUGUUUUCUUUCUCUUCCCACUGGGUCCUUCCAAUACAGUGAAUGAAGGAAAUACCAUUCAUGUAAGCAACCUAUCAGUGAUUGCCAUUAGACUGUUUAAAUACUGUUACUUUAAUGUAGAAUCCAAGGAAUGCCUUCCCAUCAUAUUUUAGCCAAAACAACUGGUUAUAUGCCUCCCUUGCAGCAAGCACUACAAUGAAAGUGAUUGUCAAUGUGAAUAGCUUAGAAUACUGCAAAGGGUAAGCUGAUUGGAUGCCUUGAAAGUAUUAUCCACUGGUCAGAUGGUAAACUUUAUUCAGUAUUAUUAUUUAUAGUUGCACUUGAUUGCAGUUCUGUGAGGCUCAAGCAUUCAUACACCUCACCUGCCUUGGCAAGCCUAUUUUUGUGACAUGGCAGCACAGAUAAAACACUAUGCAUUGAAAGCACUUUUUUUGUAAUGAGUUUAACCUCCCACCGCUCCCCCCAAAGGAAUGCCAAUUAAGUUUUGUUAACUGUGUCAUCCACUUAUCCUAGUACCUCAGUAUUCAUUCCUGUUACCUGCAUAUCUUAAAAGAAAUAGCUGUUACUAAUGCCUCUUCAUUUUCCAUUGAGUGUACACUACUGAAUAAGUGUAGGAGUUUAUGUUUACCAUGUAAGUUUUGAAACACUAAAAGUAUUUUGAAUAUCAGUCAUGAUGGCAAUUUCUGUAUAAAAGAGCCUUAAAUGGAACAUUGUUUUUGAGAUCAAACCCCACCCUCACAAUAAUAGCCACGUUGCAAUAAAAAUUGUGGCAUAUUACAGAACGUUGCCUUGUUUUCCUUGGACAUUUUGCAAAAUGGUAUGUGAAGCAACUUCUAAGGUAAACAGCUAUUAUUAAUCUUUGCACUGGUCAUUUUAAGAAUUUUUUUGUACAACAUUCAUGCAUGAUAUUUUCCAGUUUGUUGAGUUUAAAAAAUAUUCUAUCCUAAAGCCAGUUAAUAGAAAAUAUUGUGACAGAGGGAUACUUUUAUAAGCAUUAGUUUAUUUAUUUCCUUAUAUGUUAAUAUGAAGAUCAGAAGUUAUUUUUUGCACUUUGACAUAAAUAUUCUUCAAUACCAGAUUUGUUCUCUGGGUAAAUUAGGGUAGUUAUUUUUUAAUUCACGUUUACAUUUCUAAGUAAUUGAGUAGUAGAAGCAGGAAGCUCUUACUGCGUAUUUGGUCGUAAUGAAAGUAAUUUAUAAAAUGUCCUUCAAAAGUUAAUACUCCUUACGUUUAGAAUCUUUCAUUUCAGCUAUCAUUUCUUAAUUUAUUUUGCAAAUUGGAAAGAAAAAACGAUGUAGCAGUCUUAAGCAUUAGUAGUGGGAUUUGGCUGUGGUCCAGAGUGCUCUCCUUAUAGAGAAUUUGAUCUGCUCAGUGUGAGCAGUUUGCUGUUAGCCAGAGCUAUUUAUGGCAAACACAUGCUUUUGUAUCUUGUCAUAGUUAUCCACAAAUGGCAAAACUGGACUCGAUUCUACUGGUAUGCAAAACAGGCAUGCUAGUAAGCAGUCAAUCGUGGCUUAGAACUUAACCCCAUAGCUCUGAAGAGUGUGCUCUUAUCAGAAAAUGGGAAACAGAAACUCUCCCUUUUUUUUUUUUUAAUGUGUGAAAGUAAUUUGAGUGUCAUCAGGUAUUUUCCCAUAUUUUCAAAAGAUUUUUUUUCAGGUGGACACAAAAAUAGGAGUUAAAUGUCUAGGCUUCCUUUUAAAAUUAUAUGAAUGGCUUGGGAUCUUUUGCUCUGAGCCAUUUUAUUUCAGGCUUCCAGCUGUCCCUGUGAGUUAUCCUGGACAUUUUCAUGGCUUUUUGGUAAGGCUAAACUCAUAAGGAAAGUAUGACAGUAAUGGCAUACUAAACCAUAUGUGUAACCGAUUCUUAUACCAUUUAAUUUUUCAUUUUCUCAUUCUAAAAAAUAAGGGAAUCUAAGUUAUGUAGUAUCUUUUAUUUUUAAAGCUGAUUUAUCAGCUUCUAUGCCUCAUAUAAUAAUAAUUUCAGAGAUCAAAUAUUGCUUUAAACUGUGUUACUUUAAUUUGUUUGAUUGACAGACUGAUAACUAAGUUCAUUUUUGAAAUACAUCUUUGUGCAUAAAGCCAAAAAUAAUGAUAAAAUUAAUGGUUCACAUGUUACUUGAGACUAAUUUGGCGUUUGAAAUGAUCGUUUUAUUUUACAAUUAUUUACAAUGAACAAUGUUCCAGUUAGCUUUAAAAGUUAUACGGUGCUAAUUAGUAAAAUAUUGCUUUCAAUAUUUUACUGCUAGCUUGCAAAAUUAUAAAUGUUUAAAAAAAUAAAAUGUAUGAAAAUAUAUAAAGCUGUUGAGAUGUGUUUACUUCAGAACAUUAAAAUUUUAAAAACUAAUGUUGCAGAUCAAAGAGGCACCAUUAUUUUUAGUCUUUUUUAGGAUUUUAGUUGAUACACUUUUCUCAUUUACAGAUACCAAUAUUUUUUGAAAAUUUGUAACUUACAGUGAUUAAUUUUAACAUUUGCAGACAAAUGAGAACAGUUGGCAUUUGUCCCAACUGGCUAUCAUCAGCUGUUGUUUUCAGUCAUCUAAAAUAAUGUGGCCAGCAUUGUGUAUUUAAUGUGCCUUUUUAAUAGAUUGAAAAAAAAAAGCC